AUGUCUGCGGAAGUCCCCAAGGCAGCCUCCACAGAGGAGCAGAAGGAAAUGGAAGACAAAGUGACUAGUCCAGAGAAAGUUGAAGAAGCAAAAUUAAAAGCAAGGUAUCCUCAUCUGGGACAAAAGCCUGGAGGUUCAGAUUUUUUAAGGAAAUGAUUGCAGAAAGGGCAAAAAUAUUUUGAUUCUGGGGAUUACAACAUGGCUAAAGCAAAAAUGAAGAACAAGCAACUUCCUACUGCAGCUCCAGAUAAGACAGAGGUAACUGGUGACCACAUUCCCACUCCACAGGACCUGCCUCAACGGAAACCAUCUCUUGCUGCUAGCAAGCUGGCUGGCUGAUUAAAAGAGCUGAACUGCAUGAAUCUUCUAAUUCCCAUUAUUUCUCCUUAAUAUGUUACUUCUCCACUUUUUAUUUCCUUUCACUCACUAAGUCAUUUGAGAGUUAUGGCUUUGCAGGUAGCGGUAGUGUGUGUGUAAGGGAAUAUACAUGUGUAGAGUUUUGAUUAGUUUAACAGUGCACUGAUGAAAAGAACAUGUUAGAGCAAUGUAAAGUAAUCUACUUGAAAAUAAUUGUAUAUAUUAC